CGCCGGGACCGCGCCUGCCGGGCGGGGCGGGGACUGGAGCCAGGCGGGAGCCGCACCGGAGCCGCGGGGAGUCAGAGCGGCAGCGCAGGCCCAGCCGGAGCCCAUUGGAGCCCGAGCGCGGGCGAGUCAGCCGCAAGACCGGGGCAUUGGCGGAGGCAGCGAGCAAGGACCCCUUGACGCCACCCGGCGCGCGAGCCCGGAUCGCCCCUGACCAGGCCUGGUCACGACCUGAGCACGCAGGAGGUCCCGGAAUCUGGGUACCACCUUAAUGGUCUCGGGAUCGAAGAGAAAAAGGAAGGAUUCCAUCCACGAGCAAGAGUGGAGACGUCACCCGGCACGGGCACAGGUGCCCGGAGCUUACCAGGCCAAGCUUGAGCGCCAGAGAGCCUGGCAUCCUAGAAGCCACGACCUGGGCUCUCCCUAGUCCCAGCCGGGACUCGGUCAGCAUAGUGCCCGGAUCUCGGUGAGCAUGGGCCUGGCGCAAGAAACGGUCCCCUCACCUGUCUGAGACGCGGCACGGGUCCGAGGAACGGGGACCUGGCCUGGCCCCAAACACGGGACCCUCUGUGGACCCAGAGCCGGUUACUGGGGAACCUGCCUCCUGUCCCGGACCUCUGGGACGGAUGUGCCGCUGCCGGCUGGAGCAUCAUGACAGCAGGAUGACCUCCGCUAGGGCUGGCGGUACCCAAGUAGCUGGGUCCCCCGAAUGGUCCCCCGGCAGUCCCCAAGCCGUCGGGCGGCCCGGUCAGGCCCGGGUGGCCGUGGUGGCCCUGGUGUGGCUGCUGGCGGGCGCUAGCAUGUCCAGCCUCAACAAGUGGAUCUUCACGGUGCACGGCUUCGGGCGGCCCCUGCUGCUCUCGGCGCUGCACAUGCUGGCGGCGGCCCUGGCGUGCCGCUGGGGGGCGCGGCGCCCCCUGCCGGGUCGCACCCGCCACCGAGUGCUGCUGCUCAGCCUUACCUUCGGCACCUCGAUGGCCUGCGGCAACGUGGGCCUGAGCGCAGUGCCGCUGGACCUGGCACAGCUGGCCACCACCACCACGCCACUGUUCACGCUGGCCCUCUCGGCCCUGCUGCUCGGCCGCCGCCACCACCCGCUGCAGUUCGUCGCCAUGGGCCCUCUCUGCCUGGGGGCCGCCUGCAGCCUGGCGGGAGAGCUCCGGGCACCCCUCGCCGGCUGCGGCUUCCUGCUGGUGGCCACCUGUCUCCGCGGACUCAAGUCAGUUCAGCAGAGUGCCCUGUUGCAGGAGGAGAGGCUGGACGCAGUGACGCUGCUCUACACCACCUCGCUGCCCAGCUUCUGCCUGCUGGCGGGUGCGGCACUGGUGCUGGAGGCUGGCCUGACCCCGCCGCCCGCUCCCGACUCCCAACUCUGGGCCUGCAUCCUGCUCAGCUGCCUCCUGUCUGUGCUCUACAACCUGGCCAGCUUCUCCCUGCUGGCCCUCACCUCCGCCCUCACCGUCCACGUCCUGGGCAACCUCACCGUCGUGGGCAACCUUGUCCUGUCCCGGCUCCUCUUUGGCAGUCGCCUCAGUGGCCUCAGCUACGUGGGAAUUGCACUCACCCUUUCGGGAAUGUUCCUUUACCACAACUGUGAGUUUGUUGCCUCCUGGGCUGCCCGCCGGGGACUGUGGUGGAGGGACCGGCCUGGCAAGGGUAUUUGAGACCUGGGGGAAUGCAUGGGCCGUCUGUGACAGCCCCCGACCUCAGCCACUUGGCCGUAGGAAAAGUGGGGGGAGCAGGCACACGCCAUCACUGGGGCCACAGGAGGGAGAAGCACCUUCUGGAAAGGUGACCUCGGACACUGGAAGGGGGCCUCCCCUCUAGGCCUGCCUCCCUCUUAUACCUCCCUCACCCCAUCAGAGACCCCACUCACCACUGGAUGGUGUGUCCCAGCCUGGCACAUAUACCGUGCUUGACGGAGUAAUUAUUGUGAUCGGUGUCAACCACUAUGCUGAAAAUUGCUGGCCAAACUUUGAAGACCUCGAUGCAUUAUGAUAAUGAUGAUGAUGGUGGUUCUUGGCGGCUGCACAAUCCUUACCUUGGUGGGGGAGGCAGCUGGGGAGUGGGGUGGGCCAAGGACAGGCUUCUUUGCUGCUGGGCUUCCCCAGGGAGUUGCGGUAAACCAGGCCAACUCCAGGCAGCUACCGCAGCCUCACCCCCCGGACUCCCCUGUUUUGGUCUUCCGUCCUGAA